CACUUACAUCAGAUCUGCCUCUAUGUGGAGCUCCAGGCCAUCAGGACAAGGCUGACCCGCCAAGUCCUCCACUGCGGCUCCCAGAUGCAACACCCCGGUGUAGCCAAUGCCCUAUCAAGAAACAGAAGCUACCUGUGCCCCCAGGACGCCCUUCUGCUUGCGUCCCAUCACCACCUUUCCAGCCUCCCAUUUCCUCACUCCUUCCUUCUCCCUGGAGUGGCCAGCAGUGACCACCAUGGCGAACGUGGACAACCUUGCAGAAUACGAGAAGAGUCAGAUCAAGAGAGCCCUGGAGCUGGGGACAGUGAUGACCGUGUUCAGCUUCCGCAAGUACAGCUCGGAGCGGAGGACGGUCCAGGUGAUCAUGGAGACGCGGCAGGUGGCCUGGAGCAAGACGGCAGACAAGAUCGAGGGCUUCUUGGAUAUCAUGGAAAUAAAGGAAAUCCGCCCAGGGAAGAACUCUAAGGACUUUGAGCGUGCAAAGGUUGUCCGCCAGAAGGAAGACUGCUGCUUCACCAUCUUGUAUGGCAACCAGUUUGUCCUCAGCACCCUCAGUUUAGCUGCUGACUCAAAAGAAGAUGCAGCCAAGUGGCUCUCCGGCUUGAAGAUCUUACACCAGGAAGCAAUGAGCGCUUCCACGCCCACCAUCAUUGAGAGUUGGCUGAGAAAGCAGAUUUAUUCCGUGGAUCAAACCAGAAGAAACAGUAUCAGCCUGCGAGAGUUGAAGACCAUCUUGCCCCUGGUCAACUUCAAAGUGAGCAGUGCCAAGUUCCUCAAAGACAAGUUUAUGGAAAUUGGUGCCCACAAAGAUGAGCUCAGCUUUGAACAGUUCCAUCUCUUCUAUAAAAAACUUAUGUUUGAACAGCAGAAAUCGAUUCUGGAUGAAUUCAAAAAAGAUUCCUCUGUGUUCAUUUUGGGCAACACCGACCGGCCGGAUGCCUCCGCCAUCCACCUGCACGACUUCCAGCGGUUUCUCUUACAUGAACAGCAGGAGCUUUGGGCUCAGGAUCUAAACAAAGUCCGAGAGCGGAUGACAAAGUUCAUCGAUGACACCAUGAGGGAGACUGCCGAGCCCUUUUUGUUUGUGGAUGAGUUCCUCACGUACCUGUUCUCCCGGGAGAAUAGCAUCUGGGAUGAGAAGUAUGAUGUGGUGGACAUGCAGGACAUGAACAAUCCCUUGUCACAUUACUGGAUCUCCUCAUCACAUAACACGUACCUCACAGGUGACCAGCUGCGGAGUGAGUCCUCCACGGAAGCCUACGUCCGCUGUCUGCGCAUGGGCUGUCGCUGCAUCGAGCUGGACUGCUGGGACGGGCCUGACGGGAAGCCCAUCAUCUAUCAUGGUUGGACGCGGACCACCAAGAUCAAGUUUGACGAUGUCGUGCAGGCCAUCAAAGACCAUGCGUUUGUCACCUCCAGCUUCCCUGUGAUCCUGUCCAUCGAGGAGCACUGCUGUGUGGAGCAGCAGCGGCACAUGGCCCGGGUGUUCAGGGAGGUGUUUGGCGACCUGCUGCUGACCAAGCCCACAGAGGCCAGUGCCGACCAGCUGCCCUCACCCAGCCAGCUGCGGGAGAAGAUCAUCAUCAAGCAUAAGAAGCUGGGCCCACGGGGUGAUGUGGAUGUCAACAUGGAGGACAAGAAGGAAGAGCACAAGCAGCAGGGCGAGUUGUACAUGUGGGACUCCAUCGACCAGAAAUGGACUCGGCACUACUGCGCCAUCGCUGACGCCAAGCUGUCCUUCAGCGACGACAUUGAACAGACGGCGGAGGACGAGCUGCCCCAGGAUACACCCCCCACAGAGCUGCAUUUUGGGGAGAAGUGGUUCCACAAGAAGGUGGAGAAGAGGACCAGCGCGGAGAAGCUGUUGCAGGAAUACUGUACUGAGACGGGGGGCAAGGAUGGGACCUUCUUGGUGCGGGAGAGCGAGACCUUCCCCAACGACUACACCCUGUCCUUCUGGCGGUCGGGCCGGGUCCAGCACUGUCGGAUCCGCUCCACCAUGGAUGGCGGGACCAUGAAGUACUACCUGACUGACAACCUCAUGUUUACCAGCAUCUACGCGCUCAUCCAGCACUACCGCGAGGCGCACCUGCGCUGUGCCGAGUUCGAGCUGCGGCUCACGGAUCCGGUGCCCAACCCCAACCCCCACGAGUCUAAGCCCUGGUACUAUGAUGGGCUGAGCCGCGGGGAAGCGGAGGACAUGCUGAUGAGGGUCCCCCGGGACGGGGCCUUCCUCAUCCGGAGGCGGGAAAGUUCUGACUCCUACGCCAUCACCUUCAGGGCCAGGGGCAAGGUCAAACACUGCCGCAUCAACCGGGAUGGCCGGCACUUUGUACUGGGCACCUCCGCCUACUUUGAGAGCCUGGUGGAGCUGGUCAGCUACUACGAGAAGCACGCGCUCUACCGCAAGAUGAAGCUGCGCUACCCUGUGACCCCCGAGCUCCUGGAGCGCUACAACAUGGAAAGAGAUGUAAGCUCCCUCUAUGACGUCAGCAGAAUGUAUGUGGAUCCCAGUGAAAUCAAUCCCUCCAUGCCUCAGAGAACCGUGAAAGCUCUGUAUGACUACAAAGCCAAGCGAGGUGAUGAGCUGAGCUUCUGCCGAGGCGCCCUCAUCCACAACGUCUCCAAGGAGCCUGGGGGCUGGUGGAAAGGAGACUAUGGAACUCGAAUCCAGCAGUACUUCCCAUCCAAUUACGUGGAGGACAUCUCGACGGCCGACGUGGAGGAGCUGGAAAAGCAGAUUAUUGAAGACAAUCCCUUAGGGUCUCUUUGCAGAGGGAUAUUGGAUCUUAACACCUACAAUGUCGUGAAAGCCCCCCAAGGGAAAAACCAGAAGACUUUCGUCUUUAUCCUGGAGCCCAAGAAGCAGGGGGACCCUCCCGUGGAGUUUGCAACGGACCGGGUGGAGGAACUCUUCGAGUGGUUCCAGAGCAUCCGGGAGAUCACCUGGAAGAUCGACACCAAGGAGAACAACCUGAGGUACUGGGAGAAGAACCAGUCCAUCGCCAUCGAGCUCUCCGACCUGGUCGUCUACUGCAAGCCCACCAGCAAGACGAAGGACAACCUAGAAAACCCCGACUACAGAGAAAUCCGCUCCUUCGUGGAGACAAAGGCCGACAGCGUGACGAGACAGAAGCCCAUCGAUCUGCUGAAAUACAACCAGAAGGGCCUGACGCGGGUGUACCCCAAGGGACAGAGGGUGGACUCCUCCAACUACGAUCCCUUCCGCCUCUGGCUGUGCGGCUCCCAGAUGGUGGCGCUCAACUUCCAGACCCCCGAUAAGUACAUGCAGGUGAAUCAUGCCUUGUUUUCACUCAAUGGGCGGACGGGCUAUGUCCUCCAGCCGGAGAGCAUGAGGGCGGAGAAGCACGACCCCAUGCCGCCGGAGAGCCAGCGCAAGAUCCUCAUGACGCUGACCGUCAAGGUGCUGGGCGCUCGCCAUCUUCCCAAACUUGGACGAAGCAUCGCUUGUCCCUUUGUGGAGGUGGAAAUAUGUGGAGCCGAGUAUGACAACAAUAAGUUUAAGACAACAGUUGUGAAUGACAAUGGUCUCAGCCCUGUUUGGGCGUCAACACAGGAAAAGGUGACAUUUGAGAUUUACGACCCAAACCUGGCAUUUCUGCGCUUUGUGGUUUAUGAGGAAGAUAUGUUCAGCGAUCCCAACUUUCUGGCUCAUGCCACUUACCCCAUUAAAGGAAUCAAAUCAGGGUUUAGGUCAGUCCCUCUGAAGAAUGGGUACAGUGAAGAUGUUGAGCUGGCUUCCCUCCUGGUUUUCUGCGAGAUGCGGCCAGUCCUGGAGAGUGAAGAGGAGCUCUACUCCUCCUGUCGCCAGCUGCGGAGGCGGCAGGAGGAGCUCAACAACCAGCUCUUUCUGUACGACACGCACCAGAAUUUGCGCAAUGCCAGCCGGGAUGCCCUGGUCAAGGAGUUCACUGUCAAUGAGAACCAGCUCCAGCUGUACCAGGAGAAGUGUAACCGGAGGUUGAGAGAGAAGAGAGUCAGCAACAGCAAGUUUUACUCGUGAAAGCUGGGGUACAUUGUGUGUGUGCGUGUGUUUGCCCCCAAAACGGACUCUGUUCAGACCCUGGAAUGUGCUAAUCUGUGACGUCAUCCUCUCCAAGCCUGACAGCAAGAUGGCAUCGCUGAAGGAGACCCAGCUGGCCUGAGGCAGGGUGGUUUCUUUCUCAUUUUUUCAUCUAGGACAAUUUCUUAACUUAUGUUCUUGAUAGAGGGUUUCCAAAAUGCUCCUCGUUUUGGUCUCUCGUAUUCCCAAACCUCACUGAAUAAAAGCAGUGAAAAUCUCAAGUAAUUAAACUUUCUGUGCAUGACCUGUACAGCAAGCAGGAUUCCUUUUCCAGCCUCAACUGACCCAGGUAAUUGACUCCAUGGAAGUUGAGCCCAGUUCAUUAGAUUCUGAGAUUUUAAGGGAGAAGGCUUUUAACAAAAAGGCAGAUGAUUCCAUGGUUCAGGCCACCAGAUCACACCAGGCCUCUCACUGCCACAUCUGCCCAGCUUCCCUGUCCCAGGUCAGUGGGCUCAGCUCAGUGCACUUUAACUACCACCGGCUGGAUAGCUGGCUAGACAGACCUGCUGCAAUGUGUGAGAAGUGAGAGGAGGUUAGGGAUGUGGUCUCUGUUCAUUAAGACAACUUCCAGUUCAUGGUAGACUUGCUUUGUUACUGGGGUGGGGAUGGACAUCCUGGGACCUCUCUGAUUUAAAGAGCCUAUCAGAGAGACCCACAGAAGGCUCAGUCAGCUUCUUCCUUACCCCAGCCCUGCCCCCUCAUGAGCUGGCUGUGCACCACAGCUGGGGAGACUUAGGACCUGCAGCUCUCUGCUCUCCAGAGACAUGAGGUCAUUUACCCAUCAAAUGAGGCGAUCAAAGGUCGGCUCCACAGGGAAGUUUCUUGGCAUCUCCCAGUUUCCUGGAAAGCAAGCUGAGCCUUAGGAGGCUAUAGAAAAUCUCAGAUGCAGCCAUGCCUAGAGGGGAUGUCCUCCCCUAGGACCAGAUAAUAUGCCUCUACAUCCUGAGACACAAGCAAUGCUUUGUGCAGUGAUAAUUUAGUAAUGCUCUGUAAAGGCAAGGACGCUGCUGUGGGGAGUAAGCAGUAGAAUUGCCAUUUGCUGUGAGUGAAGGGGGAACUGACUUGGAGGGCAAAGAUACUACUCAGAGAAAAUUGCAGUAGAAAAGAAAAGUCUUAUCUUUACUCGGAUGACAGUGGCUCCCAGCUGCCCAGCCAGCCCUCCCCAAGCUGCCCUGGGCUAAGAGCAUGCUUGUACUGCUGAGAGCACACUCAGACCAGCCAGAGCACUCUCAAACCAGUGGGCUCUGUCUAAGGUCAAGACUUAACCCUUCAUUCCACAAGUGUAUGGGGCACCUGAAUGCAACGCACACUGGGGGUACAAUGCUAACAAGUAAGGUGGCUCCUGUCUCAUGGAACACAACACACCCAUGUGCUUCUAGAAAAAAUGCAUGUUACCACUCACGAAGCCAGGAUUGUAGGGGUCAGCUGCUUGAUCAAGACGGGGCUGUUAUCCUGAAACAUUACUUAGUUCCUCCUCAAAUUGGAGCUGCUGUUUUGUUUGGCAGUCAGCAACUGGGCAGCAACACUUUUGAUGGCAGCAGAUGUGCAAAGCAAUGUUCAAGAGAGGUUAGAUUUCAAAAGACACAGAACUGCAUCUGCAGGGAAGUUUUUCAGACUCUAGCCACUACCCUAUUGGCUGUGUGCCAGGUAGCCACUGGAGCCUAAUUAUUACAGUUCUACUCCCAGUCCCUUCUGACCCCAUCAGUCCCUCUACACAGAAGAGCUCAGAUUUUGCUGUUUUCAGUUCAGGGGUGAGUAAAAAACAUAAACCUGCCCACUUCACUAUUUCAAAGCCAACGAGCCAAGGCCUGGAUCCCCUUCCCAAUGGAAAGGAUUUUUUACUACACUGUCAAAUUGAGAAGUGAUGGCACAGAAGGCAGAAGCUAAGCAUCUUUUCAGCCACUACCCUGUAAUAUUCAUUCCCAGCCACACCUCUGCUGAGCAAGACAGGGUUGGGGGGAGGAAGGGCUACACUAAAAUGAUGCUGGAAGAGCUCUCUCCCUAAAGCUGUGUCCUACUCGGUGCUAUAGGGACUUGAAUCCACCAUUAGAAACUAUUUGCUUUGGCUUCUACAUUCGUCCUUGAUAGGAUAACACCUUACUCUUCACAGUGGGUGGAAGGAUUCUCUCAGAAAAAACAGACAAGGAAAGCAAAGGGCAUGAGUGAUAUUACUGCUCUUCCCAGAGUAGGCUCAGAGGCCACCUCACCUGAGUAUAAGAUAGCAGGUGCAACUGUGGUUUAUCUUUCCCGUCAUAAGUACAGUCAAUUCAGGUCAAGCAGGAUUGUGACAGGAACAUUCUGAAAAGUUACAGCAACUUUAAUGGAGUCAAACCUGAUUGUCUAUGAACUACCCUGUGUGUGUUCACCAUUUCCCUAAGUAAAUUAUUGACAACAAUAGUCAUUACAUGGAAGAGCUAAGGAGGGAACUUGGUUAGAGCAUUUGAGUUUGGGGAAUUUAGGUGACACAGUUAAAAAAUUAUUGUGAAACUUGAAUUCUAACAGGCACAGUGCAGAGGGGCAUGAAUGCCCUGAUCAAACACCCAAUAUUUUUCUCAGAGUCCUUUUGCCAAGACUAUGUUUUGGACUGGUACACUGCAGAACACAUUUGGUGACUUGUUGCUAUAUUAAGAAGGCAGCCAGCAACAUAAUCUACUAAUGUAUAUCUGUUGGACUGAACUAAAUAUAACCUAAACUUAAGUCACCAACACCAGUGGUCUUGAAAUGAGUUAGCCAUCCCCUGGCUGUCCACCAUAACUUCCAGGGAGAACACAGGCUCGAAUAGUCUUAGAGGAUCAGUUUUCAGAUCCUCUCCUCCCUAGUCUUGCUGGAGAACAAGACUCCAGGUGUCAGACUCAGGAUAUGUGUGUUUGAGAGGUGAAAGCAACUUAACAGCAGGCUACAAAUCCUUUUACGGUUCUGAAGGUUCCCAGUUUUUCACUUUGAACUACACUGAGGAAACCCUCAAGAUUUUGGAAUAUUUUUGUGUGCAGUUAUAAGUGAGUUGGGAGUAUUAUGUUAUCUUGCUAUCACAGAGCCCCUCUGUUCCCUGUCUGCAUAACUAUGUCUGCAGAACAGGAACAUAAAAUUGAAAAGGGAGAUUCAAAUAGAUGCUUUGUUGGCCCAUUCUAACAAAGAUGGUGUUAAGCUACUUGGAGAUGAAAUAAUUGGGGGAGAAGCCAUCUUUUCAUUAAAUGAUAUAUUGCCAAAGCAAUUUUACUAUGCUUAUAAUUUAUUUAAAUUUCUAUUGUGUUUAUUGAUCUCACUCAGUCCAGAAGCAUAUUUUAACUGUGUAGCCACCUUGUGAUUUUAGGGUAUUAUAAAUUUUUUUACAGGUAUACAGUUAAUAUAAAAGUCAAAAAUAAUUAGCCUGAAUUCUUGAGGGGGAAGGAGAAUAAAAAUCCAAAUUCAAGGAGAAAAGGAAAAAUGUGGCAUUGCUUACCAUUAAGACUUGCCUUGUUCAUGUCAUUUUUUGGAAAAGAUAGUGUCUGUCAAAUAACUACUGUAUAUUUGGAGACUUGGCUAAAUGUAAAGUGGAAUAUAAUGAUUUAAUUGAAGAUGCAGUUUCUAUAAUAUGCCAACACGUCCUUUGUAGCUAUUUAUGAUGAAAAAUUUCAGACAUCAAUUUAGUAACAUGCAUGAGGAUGCCAGGUUUUUAAAAUUUGCUGUGAAAGUUUCUGAGCAUAAAAAUUGUAAGAUUGCUGGUAUUGCCACUAAGUGAUGCCUUACUUGUUUUUGGAAGAAGGAAGAAUUGCUGAAAGCGGUCUUAGUCUUUUUAACUUAUUAAAAAAUAUAACUUAGCUUUCAACUUAGGUGACAUCUAACUUUUUGGAGACAACCCUAAAAGCUAUUUUGUAACUAACAGAAAGUUAAUAAUUACAUUAAAACACAUGUAGAAUUACAAAA